GGCCAAUGCUCGCCACUCACUUCUCUAGGCCGCAGAAAGUCCUCCGACUCUCUCUCACAGUCCCACCAACCAACCCUUGUUUCCUUCCUCUGUAACUCGCAGACCUUUCAUCCGUUUCUUCCUCCACCGUCAUGAUUUCUCCCCGGAAUUUCACCUGAACUCCCUCGUUUCCCUGCAUAGUCCAUGGAAGCCUCCACCGCCGUCCGCUACGCUUUUGGCGUGAUCGACUUCCCUUCAAUCCGUCCCUCCUCCAGGAAACGCCGGCUCCACUCGCUGCCUUCUCUUCCACUCCGCAACCGUCUCGUUUCCCCCAAUAUCCACCGCCGGUUCGUCGCCCGUUGCGCUUCUGAGGCAGCCAAUCGCCACACCCACCAUAAUCACCACGAAGAUCCCCACCAUAAUCAUCACGACGACCACCACCAUAAUCACGGCCACGGCCACGGCCACCAUCAUCACCAUCACGGAGACGAGCUCGAGGAGCUAACCGGCACGCAGAAAGCUGUAAUUAGGUUUGCGGAUGCCGUGAGAUGGACGGAUCUCGCCAGUCUGCUGAGGGAGCACUUGCAGCUCUGUUGCUGUUCCGCGGCUUUGUUUCUCGCCGCUGCUAUUUGUCCUUACCUUGCUCCCAAGGCCGUGGCUAAGCCUCUUCAAAACGCCUUCAUGAUCGUCGGUUUCCCUCUGGUUGGGGUCUCGGCAUCCCUGGAUGCUCUCAUUGACAUUGCUGGCGGGAAGGUGAACAUUCAUGUCCUGAUGGCUCUGGCAGCAUUUGCCUCUGUUUUUAUGGGGAACGCCUUGGAAGGAGGCUUACUUCUUGCCAUGUUCAAUCUGGCUCACAUUGCCGAAGAGUUCUUCACCAGUCGAUCGCUCGUAGAUGUUAGAGAGUUGAAAGAGAACCAUCCAGAUUCGGCUCUCGUGCUAGAUGUUGAAGAGGGGAAACUACCCGACCUCGCGCAUUUGUCCUACUCAAGUGUGCCGGUGCAUGAUAUAGAAGUGGGCUCCUAUGUUCUAGUUGGAGCUGGUGAGGCUGUGCCCGUGGAUUGCCAGAUUUUCCAAGGUAGUGCAACAAUUACUAUUGAGCAUUUGACUGGGGAAGCAAAACCGAUUGAAGCAAAUGUGGGUGAUGGGAUUCCGGGUGGUGCGAGAAACUUGGAUGGUAGAAUUAUUGUCAAGGCAACGAAGACAUGGAAAGAGUCAACACUAAAUAGAAUUGUGCAACUGACUGAAGAGGCCCAGCAAAACAAACCAAAACUUCAACGAUGGCUCGAUGAGUUCGGUGAGCAGUACAGCAAGGUUGUAGUAGGGUUGUCGUUCGCUGUUGCUUUCCUUGGACCAUUACUUUUCAAGUGGCCAUUCAUGAGUACUUCAGUCUGCAGAGGAUCAAUCUACAGAGCACUAGGAUUAAUGAUGGCUGCAUCACCAUGUGCCUUGGCAGUGGCUCCAUUGGCAUACGCCACUGCUAUUAGUUCCUGUGCAAAAAAGGGAAUAUUACUUAAAGGAGGGCAGGUUCUGGAUGCUCUAGCUUCUUGCCACACGAUUGCAUUUGACAAAACUGGGACGCUUACUACAGGAGGUCUUAUGUUCAAAGCAAUUGAGCCAAUUCUUGGACAUCAAGUAGGAAAAAAUAUGACAACUCAUGCUUCUUGUUGCAUACCCAGUUGUGAAAAAGAAGCUCUUGCUGUUGCAGCCGCUAUGGAGAAGGGCACGACACAUCCUAUUGGGAGAGCUGUUGUAGAUCAUAGCAUUGGCAAAGACCUCCCUUCUGUCUCUGUUGAAAAGUUCGAGUAUUUUCCUGGCAAAGGACUUGUUGCUACUCUGAAUGACACUCAGUCAGGAAGUGGAAGAGCUAGAUCAUUGAAAGCUUCUCUUGGCUCCGUUGAGUUCAUUACUUCUCUUUGUAAAUCCGAGGACAAGUCGAAAAAAAUUAAGGAAGCUGUCAGUGCAUCUUCUUACGGGAAUGACUUUGUCCAUGCAGCUCUUUCCGUGGAUGAAAAGUUGGCACUCAAACUCCAACUUGGUUUAUGUAAACUUGUGCAGAUAACAUUGAUUCAUCUUGAGGAUAGACCUCGAGAAGGGGUUUCCGAUGUGAUAUCAGAACUACAGGAUAAAGCAAAGCUCCAGGUAAUGAUGCUAACAGGUGACCAUGAAUCAAGUGCACGGAGAGUUGCACAAGCUGUGGGCAUUGGUCAAUUUCACUGUAGCUUGAAACCAGAGGAUAAGCUCAAUCACGUAAAGACUAUCUCAAGGGAUAUGGGUGGUGGCCUAAUCAUGGUGGGUGAAGGCAUCAAUGAUGCGCCAGCACUCGCCGCAGCAACUGUUGGAAUUGUGCUAGCCCAGCGCGCUAGUGCAACUGCCAUAGCUGUUGCAGAUGUUCUAUUGUUACGGGACAAUAUAUCAGCCGUUCCUUUCUGUAUUGCAAAGUCCCGCCAAACAAGUUCCCUGGUCAAGCAAAAUGUGGCGCUGGCUUUGACUUCCAUAAUUCUGGCUUCCCUUCCCUCUGUGUUGGGAUUUCUUCCACUUUGGUUGACGGUUCUUUUACACGAAGGUGGCACCCUCCUGGUAUGCCUAAACUCGGUCCGCGCUCUAAACGACCCGAAAUGGUCGUGGAAGGAAGGCAUGCAGCAGCUGAGUUGCCGUCUGAAGAAUGUCGCCAGGUUAGACCACAACACCGCUACAAACUCCGGCAAUAUGAUAACCAAAGCUGAACCUCUCUUGUAGUUGAAGUCUCUCUCUCUCACUCUCUCUCUCUCUCUUUCGGUCUUUUCCUCUGCCAUCAAUUUCAUCUUUUAUUUUUUCUUUCCCAAUCUAAUUAUAAAUGCGCAUGAGAAAAGGGUGGGUUUCUUGCAAAGAUUAUGCUUUGCUGCACAAACGUCUUUAGUUGUUGUUUGGAUAGCUAUAUAUAAUAAUUAUUAUUCUUAAAUAAACUGUAAACUAAAGAGUUGCUUUGGUUUUCCGAGUUGCCACUUGGUGGUGGUGGGGUUAUCUUUGACUUUUGUGGUCUCCCCUCCCUUAGCGAUAAGAAGGACGUAUGUAUAGUUGGCAGAUCAGAUCAAAAUUUGGGUUUUGGCUCCAUUACAGAUUGAUGGCGUAACAGAAAUUGUAAGGAGAAAGAAAGAAGCGUGUGUUUUGUGUAACUGUUAAUUCGCCUAUUGCUUUGGUGCGGUGUGGGUCCCCCCACCACCACAUGGAAAUCGUGUUCCUCUUUACCAACCUGCUCUUCAUAUUUGUUCAUUAGUUUAGUAGUAGCCCAACUCUGCCAAACCGCCUUCUCCUCACUUGCUUGCUUGCUUACGAAUGUUUUGACAGUAAUAAUAUCUAUGUUGCC